AUGCACUCCGUCCAGCUCCUGUCCAGGGCCAGUGCUGCCAUCCUGGUUCUCAUUCUCUGUCUGCAGCUGGGAACCAACAGUGCUCAGAACAAUCGAGAGACUAUAGAAAUGGAGUUGAGUUUCCCUGAAACAGUAGAAGCAGAAGAGGGGGUGACUGCAAAAUUAAAUUUGAAAACACAACUGAAAGAAUGCAUGGUGGUUGAAACUCAGCUAAAAGGCUCUCGUCCUAUGGACACCUCUUUCGACCUCAAACAGACUGUCUGCCUUUGCAACGAUUACCCAAGAAACUUAUACUGGGACUUCAUUGCCGAACGCACCAUGUACAUAGAGGCUCAUGCUGAUGCAAUUGCUGAACUUGGCAUCUGCCCUGACAAUAAAGCAGUGGUGCCAAUUGUGGGAAAGCACAAUUUUGUGUUGAAAAAAUUGACUGUAACUGAUGAUGAGCAGUCUACCUCUAUGCCUUCCAAUGGGUUGUCUUCUAAGGAUAUUUGA